AUGGCACCAAUCGACCCACAACUCAUGGAAAUAAUUCAGGCCCUCCAAGAUGGCCAAGCUCAACUUCAACAAAGUCAUGCCCAACUUGAGCAGGCCAUAAAUCAAGUCAACACGAGGUUGGACGCAACCAUCAGGGUAGUUUCAGCGAGAGCCUUCAAUCGGUCCAUCAAACGCAACAUGCUCCUGGUAGAUUUCGAAGUAUUGCCAAAGCAGCAUGCCGGCCAUCCAUUUGUGGACCCUCCGGAUGUUCCAGGGCUCAACUUGAACCCGGUCUGUCAAGUCGGAGAUAAUCCUCCCCACGGUUUAGUCCCACGCAAUUUUCAAGAGUGGUAUGAAGCUCUAGCACAGUUACAACGAGAUCUGCCCAUCUCUCUAAGUCGGCUCAGAGCUAUUUUUUGGUUCUAUAACGAUGCCAGGCUCUUCAUUGCCCCCAAUGCCACGGCGCUCAUAUGCGACCAAGGAUGGUUUAACGUUAGGAGGUAUCUCAAGAAGUGA